GGCUAUCAAAUGGCUAAAGACAGAAGUUCCAAGUGCUGCAGGUGUGUGCGGGAGGGGCCGAGGAAUGCUGGGAGGGCCGCAAGGCUGGGUUGAGGGUGAUCCCUGCUUUCUGGAGGAUUGGCACCCAAAAGCCCGCCCCUGUGCGGUGGGCAGACCGCCGCACUUGAGAAGACAAUGCAGAUUUAUCAUCAGCAACGGGAAGGGAACCUAAUGGAGCAGUGGUCGCAGUUUUUCUUCUUCCUGGAGGCGGGUGUGGAAGGCGGAGCCCCAAGCGGGGGCUCAGACCCGCAUGCAGUGGGGGAAGGGCAGGCUGGGCACUCGGUUGAGGGAGCCCCCGAGGAAGAUGAGGCCCGACCCCACGCUGAAGAGCACCAGCGCGGCCCAGAAGCAGAUGUUGUCAAUGGCCUUCCCCAUGCGCACCCACUCGGACACCUCCUGCGGGGCGGACGGGUACAACACACCGAGUCUGGGAGGGGAGCUGCGAGGGCGGCGGCCCUGGAGGAAGCGGGGGGGCCUCCCUGGCGCCCGCCUCACCUCGCCGGUGGCCUCCUGGUCUCGCGUACUCUCGGCCACGAAGUUCACCGCCUCCACGCAGCAGCGGAUUUCGGGGGCGGCGGCGCCCAGGCUCUGGCAGAGAGCAGCUGCUGGGGGGACCCCGGGGGUGGGUGGGCGGAAGCCUGCCUCCCGCGGGCGCCCCACUGGGCGGCCCGGGACCCUUGGCUCACCCGUCCAAGCCCCGUGCCGGUACCGCUGCCCCUCGAACACGAGCUCGCUCCGCGGCUUUUUCAGGAUCAACUCCUCGGCGCGCAGCAGGAUGCCCACCGACGACACUCGCCUCGGGGGCGAGCUGCGCUUCGGGGCCUCCGGGGGCGGGCCGGAGCCCAGGAGGCGCGGCAGCAGCUCCAGCAAAACCUGGGGGCCGGCGGGGCCGCUGUGAGCUCGCUCCCUCGCCGCCCCCAGCCCCGGCCGCCCGCCCGCGCUUACGUGACGCAGCCGCGGGGCCGCGGCGUGAGUGGUGGGCGUCCGCAAAGACACGUUGAGCACGACGACGCAGUUCAUGACGAUGAGCGUGGCGACCACCAUGACGAAAAUUAGGUACCUGGAGGCACCGGGGUGCGUGACGUCACCUCACUCCCGACUCCUCUGUAGUCGCAGCCUCCCCCCCCCCAGGCCACUAGGGCACCGCUCGUCCUCUGACCUCACAAACACCUCUUCACUCCAUAGAGGCUGCGGUCGCAGCCUCUAGCUGCUCCCCUCUGCGGGGACAGAUGCGUCCCCUGGCCCUCCUCCCCCUCCUACCACCGGGGACAACCAUGAAGGGGAUCCCCAGCUCCCUGGACACCCUGCUGUGGGUCUACCACUUCCACAGCUCCACCGAGGUGGCCCUCCAGCCCCCUCUUCUGUCUUCCCUGGAACUCGCUCUGGCUUCGGCCCAUGAGUAUCUGGAGCAGAGAUUCGGAGAGCUGAAGACGCUGGAGCCGCGGGAGCUGAAGGAGCGGGAGCAGCGGGAGAAGCCGCCCGCCCCGGAGCCCACCCUGGGGCUGGUGUUAAGAGAAGCCGCAGCCAGCGUCAUGAACUUCGGCGCCACCUUGUUGGAGAUCUCAGCCCUGUGGCUGCAACAGGAGACGCGGCGACUAGACGGCGACGACGGCAGCCCGGACCCAGCUCCAGACCCCGGGAACCCGGGUCGAGCGCUGGCCAGGGUAGCCCAGGCCGCAGGGCAGGAGGCUCGACAGGCGGGGGCUGUGGCCGGCGCCAGCGCCCGGCUCCUCUUCCAGGGGGCGUGGCUCUGCCUGUCCGGACGGGGUCUGCAGGGCUCCGCCUCAUUCCUACAACAGUGGCGACGCCCGCUGGGCCUCGGGCCCCCCGGGGAACCGGUGAGUGCAGAUGCGAGGUGGGUUGAGGACCAGAGGGUGCGGGGAUGGAGAGCCACUGAGCCGGACCGUCCCCCAACAGAGAUACUCUGGAGACCUCAAGGCGGCAUCCAGCAGCAGUGCGGGGGACGGGGGACUGGAGACUCCACCACUGUGCCCGCCCCAGCUCGCGUCCAAAUAAAACUUGUCCCAUAAGAGUCCUUUGAUCUUGGUCCCGGCCCCCUCGACUGUGAGGCUCGCCCCGCCCCCACAGUGGCCACGCCCCCGCGUGGUCCCCGCAGGGACCCGGUCCGCCCUCACCGGCCCAGCAGCGGCACGCUCAGAGACGUCUCGGGGGUCUUCUGGGCAAUUAGGAACAGGAAGACGGUCUGGGCGAGCAGGACGUUGAUGGAGACCGUGCAUUUCUGGCCGCCGGCUGGAGGGGGCGCUCGGUGAGUGCGGCCCCCGGCCCCGGGAGCGGGCCCGGGCUUAAGGUGGGGGUGACUCCUCACCCUGCGCGGGCAGGAAGUAGGCGAGCAGCACCAAGCCCGAGAUGAGCACGCAGGGCACGAUGAUGUUAAUGACGUAGAAGAGGGGCUUCCGGCGAAUGAUGAGCGUGUAGAUGACGUCAGUGUACUUCCGGCCGUCCGCGGAGUCACCUUCCUGGAUCACCCCGGGGCAGAAGUCGAUGGCCCACUCUCCGUUCUCUGCGGGACCGGAGGCGCGGUCAAGCCUGCUGCGGGUGGGGCGCCCUGCCCUGCUCCCCACAUCUGCCCCCGGGGCCUGCAACCCCGCGCGGGGGAGGAGUUUGCCUCUGUCCUGACCGGGAGGGUUGGGCGGGUGGCCUGGACUGCUUGAGCCAUGGGCCGGCAGGAUGGGGGCAGUUCAGGCCGAAAAGGGUAUUCCCGGGGAGAGACCGCAAGCCAAGACGCAGGACGAGUUGGACCAUCGAGGAUGAUUUCGGGAAGGGGCGAGCUAAAGCCCGGUUGCCAAAGUCAAAUUCCCGGGAUGGUUAGUCUGUGCGGCCCCAUUCUGGAUCCCUUCUGGAAGCGGGUUUUUCGGACCAGGAGGGGACGUCACCGGUGUAGGCCUCAGUGUCGAUCUCGAUAUUGUUGAUGGUCUCGCCAUCAUCGUCCACAGCAAAGAUGAACUCCACCUCUUCGGCAUUGUACGUCUGAGAGCUGCGGAGGCAGGGCCCCGGCCCGGGCCGCAGAAACUCAGACCUCGGCCCAUGCCUAAGGCCGAGCCUGGGCUUGCUCCCCAAUAAACUCCACCCCUCCGCGCAGGCCGGGUCCCCACCGCGCAUUUUCCCCUCUCUGCUGAGAACCCGGCUCGGUGGCCCCACCCCCUUCCCACUCUUGGCUCCGCCCCGGCGCGAAGCCCCGCCCCCAGGGGCGCGGCUUCUCCCGUUCUGGCUCCGCCCCCUACUCCAGGCCUCUUGCUCGAUCCGCCCGGCCUCGGAGGGCCCCUUCCCACCGGAAAACGAGGGAGCAGUUCUGCCAAUCGUAGGGGAAGUAGGUGACCUCCACGGCGCAGGUGCUGCGGUAGAUGGCCGGGGGCAGCCAGCUCACGGAGCCGCCCUCGAGGACCAGCACGUUCGCUUCGUAGGCCACGCCGAACUGGCCGUCGAUGCUGCGCGGCCCGGGACACCGAGCUUCAGCACGGGUUCGCGCCGCCCGCCCCCUCCAGGCAGCCCGCCCCGUCCCCCCACCCCCGUCCCCAACCCCCCAGGCCUGGCCCCUGGCCCUGUCUCCAGGCCCGGCGAACGGCCAGGUCCUCACUUGUUUUCCAGCACGAUCUCUGGCAGCCAUACGCGUUCGGAAGGCACCCGCAGGGUUCCUAUGCCCCCAAAGUCGGCCUUGCUGUAGUUGAGUCGGUAAUCCUGCCAAUCCUAAGGCGCACGGGGCGUAAGACGUCUGCCCUGCGGCGCCCACCUGAUGCCGGAGAGCAGCGAGGGGGCCCAUGGGCAAGCCUUGCGCUGCUCCCCAGAUUUGACUCACGAUUCCGAUCCAGACGCUGGUGAAAAGCAAUUACCGCUCUCCUGAAUACAGAAGAGGACUCCAAAGCCGAGAUCCACGGUCACACAGACCCUGCGAAGGGUUCCAUGUACUCAAUUCCUCUCUUUGCCGAUGGCUGAUGUGCGUUCUGACUCAAGAGUUUGUGUGCUGCUGUUCAUUCCAGGGCCUCUGGGGCCUUCCGCCAGCUGUCUGAAAAUUCUGUUUCUGGGACCUCCUCAAUUUACAAGCCAGACUCAAAAGAUCUGGGCUCAACAGGAAACCACUCCCUUCAUCUACUGGCUCUUGGCUGACAACUCGGAGCAGCUGCAGCCGCCCUGGCAGCCGGGCCUACCAGACCCUCAGUUACCCUCUCGGCGGAAACAGCUCCCAACCGGCCUGUGGAGGGCCCCCUCUGCAUGCACAAAAAGAGCGCCCCUUGUUUCCCUUGUCUGCAGUGGAAGUGGGUUCCCCCGAGCCAGGGCAGGGAGGUGCUUGCAGACUGUCUCCCUCAGUGGAACCCAGUUCCCUGAUGGCUGAGACCCUACUGGGUUUCUUUGUUCACGGUGUCUAGCAUAGAGCUUGGUGCAUAGUAGGUGCUCUGCACAUAUUUAUUCAACAAAUGAGUAAACGAAUAAAUGAAGGAAUGAGUGCUUUAUCUUCCCAGCACCCUCCCUUCUACUGAGCACGAGUUUUCUUUUUCAACUAUGUGACCACAUGGGAACCGUCAGAAACUUCGAGAGCCCACUCUCUGGCCAGGGUUGAUUGGUCCAGGGGAGGACACCUGACCCCAGCCAGACCAAGCAAAUUUUGUCAAAUAGGAACGCAAGAAAUCAGUCUUUGCUUAAGGAGACACAGGAGAUGAACUUUGGAUGCAUGAGCAGCCAUGUUCAUUUCUUGUCACUGAGGAGGAGAGAGAGAGAAUGCAACUGAUACACGAUGACAAGUAGAGUCAAGCAAGAGCCUUCACCAUUCCAACCCCGGCCCGGAAAUUCCUGAGGCCACACUUGCUGUCUCCUCUUCCAGGCUGGUUGCCCAACCCUUCCUUUGACUGGAUGAGUUACCUCGGCAUCUUUCUAAUAAAUCCUCCUUCUCUUGGUUUACAAGUAUAUUAGGAUAUGUUAAAAUAAAAUAAUGCAAAGAAACUUGCUCAACAUGAUAAAGGAUAUUUCUGAAAAAUCCCUAGCUGUGGGAGUUUGGAGCAUUAUGUCCCCCAGAAAAGGCCAUGUUCUUUUAAUCCAUUCCUGUGGGUACAGACCUGUUGUAAGUGGGACCUUGUGGUUAGGUUAUUUCGACUGAGAUGUGACUCACCUCAUUGGAGGUGGAUCUUAAUUCACUUACUGGAGUCCUUUAUAAGAGAAUAAAACACAUAUGUAAGCUAAGAGAAGCAGAGAGAUAAGGACACAUCCACAGAAGCUGAGAGAGGACCACUGAAGCCAGAAGCUGGAAGCAGCGAAAUCUGAGAGAGAAGAAUCAGCAGAUGUCACCAUGUGUCUUGCCGUUUUACAGAGGAGCUCCAGAUGCUGGCAGCCUGUCUUCAGAGUCCAGGUAUCAUCCUGUUGAUUCCUUGAAUUGGACAUUUCCACAGCCUUAGGACUAUAAAUUGUAAA